UUACAGAACGAGGGGGAUCAGGGCCAUGUCUACUUAACUUUUCAACAAGAGCCAUCUUUUCUCAGAAUCUUAGCUUCGCGUGGAUUGUUCUGCGAAUUGGUUCCGCUUUACUUCCGUUUCAUCCACAAUAUUGCGCAUACAAUGUUCCAUGUGCCUAGUUUUAUGCGUCGACUGAACGAAGGCAAAGCGUCUAUGGUGCACGUCUACGCAAUGUGUGCUCUUGCUGCCAGAUAUUCCAACAAUCCGAUCUUUGAUGGCAUUGCUCCUUGCUUUCGUGGGAAGGUUUUUGCUUCGGAAGCCGUGCGGCUCUGUCAGCAACACAUCGCCUCUCCUAGUUUGGAAACCGUUCAAGGUUUCAUUCUAAUCUCAUAUUUCUUUGCGGGAGAGGGAGAAGUACAGGCGAAACACAUUUAUGUUGGGCUUGCUCGACUGCACGCAGAAGCUCUCCCAAUUCCCAACAUUUCCAAUAAUUCGAAUGUGGUAUACGAGGAAGAAUACCGUCGGACCUGGCUUUCGGUCCAUAUUGCCAACCAUUGGUCUGCUUCCGAUAUGUCCAUCGAGCCAAUGGGCUUUGAGAGUGGCCCACAGUUUCCCCCAGCAAUAGACGACGUAUCGUUUCAUAUGCCAUGUCCACAGCCUUCGGGUGAAGGUUAUAUCUCAACAACCCCCCGUCGAGACAUGUGGGCCCAGAUGGCGAAAACGCUCAAUAUUUUUACCGAGAUAAACAGAUUACUGCGGAAACUCAGUCGAGGUGCUAUUUCCUUCGAUGACUACUGUACCCAGGCCGCUGUUUUGGAAGGACGCCUUGAUCAAUGGGCAGCCAAUCUACCAUCAGACCUGCGUUAUAACCUAACCAAUAUCAUACUCUUCGUCGACCAACAACUUGGCAGAACAUUCCUGUCCAUGCAUAUUGGCUACCAUCAUUUUCAACAAAUGCUUUCAUUCCCAUUCUUAGAUGCACGAGCGGCCCGAAAUACUACAGAAAGUGCCGUACGGCAUGGAGCUGUGAAAUGCAAGCAUAGUGCCGAGUUAGUAUCUGAGAUCUUAAGAAAUUCUACCGAGAUCAAGAACUGCGAGCUCGACUAUUUCAUCUACGGUCAUAUCGCCGUUGUUAGCUCUUGCGUUCAUCUCCAUACUCUACUGUUUGGUAGUAUCCCUCUUGAACUUGAUAUGGCACGACAGCGGCUGCUCUUGAACUUUCAGUACCUAAUGAGUCUCAAAUCAUACUGGCCUGUUGUUCAGUACUCGGGACUCUGUUUCGGAUCCUUUUGCCAUGGAUAA